CACUUCAUUGCUUCCGCUGAAUGUGGCUGUUUGUUGGUUCUGUUCCGUUGGUUUUGUUUUGUUGUGCCAUAUGGUCGUGCAUGUGACCUUGCAUGAUUGCAUAUGAUGUGAUCACGACCCGACCUUCCAGUUCGUGCCGCAGUGUUGUGUUCUGCACGGAGUUCGAAUAUCGUGGGAAAACGUGUACGCUGUGUUCCAAAUUAUCCAUAUAUAGAACAGCAAUAUUCUAACUUUUAUAAUUGUAGGUGUUUAUGAUCCCAGUGGCGCCAGUAAGUUAUGAGUGCCCAACGGGUUCUAGGAUCUUUUACUAGUGUGGCUAAUAGGACAAUGAUACCACGUUUGGUUCGGUCCCGUCCGCUUCACAGCAUACAGAGUACGCUAGCGGUGAAGCAGCAGACCCGCAAACGGCACGUUCUUUCGAGCUGUGGUGUGGUAUUCGGAGUAGGAUAUGUGCUCUACCGGUUAAUGAAGGACCGUCAAUACUGGCCUGUCGUACAGGCCAAACAGGAAGGGUCCACCCUACCACCGUCUAAGCGCUUCAAUUUCAUUGCUGACGUUGUAGAGAAGACUGCUUCGUCUGUAGUAUACAUCGAAAUUUUAGGAAGGCAUCCCUUCACCAACGAGAGAAUCCCCCUGACCAAUGGGUCAGGAUUCAUCGUCCGGUCCGACGGACUCAUCCUGACCAACGCCCACGUCGUGGCGGACAGGGCCACGGUCACCGUGAAGAUGUACGACGGCAAGGAGUACGUGGGAAGAGUAGAGUCCGUAGAUCUAAAGGCGGACCUUGCAACCGUCCGAAUUCCCGCGAAAGGACUUAACAGCCUGACCCUGUGCCGUACAGACUUGGUACGUCCGGGGGAAUGGGUGGUUGCCCUGGGCAGCCCUCUCGCCCUAAGCAACACCAUCACGGCUGGCGUGGUUAGCUCUGUGCAUCGCUCUGGAAAGGAACUCGGGAUGCACAAGGAGAUGGAGUACAUACAAACGGAUGCAGCUAUAACGUUCGGCAAUUCUGGAGGACCAUUAGUCAAUCUGGAUGGACUUGUCAUAGGCAUCAACACCAUGAAAGUGACAUCGGGAAUUUCUUUUGCCGUUCCUGCUGACUAUGCUUUAGAUUUUCUGGAAAAACGUGGACAAAAGGAAUCUCCCGAAAGGUGGUACUUGGGGAUCACCAUGCUGACGCUCACACCCAGUCUGAUCCAAGAGUUACGGCAACGGGACCCCGCCUUCCCGUCCGUGACGGCCGGUGUGCUCAUUUGGAAGGUUGUGAUCGGCUCACCAGCUCACCUAAGUGGUUUGAGUCCGGGCGACGUCAUAGUACGAGUAGGAGGCAAGGACGUUCACUCGUCGCAGGACAUUUAUAAAGCGUUGGAAGUUCAUGAGCCGCUCCAGAUAGAGGUGAAGCGUCACGGGAAGGUCCUCAAGAUAGGCGUUUCACCCACCUGAUUUCCUUAGAUAGUACAACGCAUUAAAUUACGCCAAAAUACUGCAUAUAAUUCGAGCGAGUUUGUAUUCAAUAAAUGUUGUUUUGGGGUU